AUGGGUGGUCCCCAGGCAGACACGCGUCAAGCUAUUGGAGCGACCUCACCUGCGACAUCGUCACUCGCCAUGGAUGACGAAUUUCACUACGGCUCGGGCACUGAAGAUGACAUAGUACCGUCCGGCGCACCUGUCAACUCCAAGGAGAAAAGACGUCUUCAAAAGUCCAUCUUUGAAGCCUUCGUCUCAUCUCCAGCAGCUGUGGCGACUGCGUUCAGAUCGCGCUCCAAGAACGGCACCAUCAAAGAAACAGAAGACGAUGAGCAGACUGUUCAUGCGCUUGUAGCUCAGUCGCAAGGGGUUCAGAUCGUCAAAAACCCUCGCGAGUAUCAAAUUGAGUUGUUUGAACGUGCUAAGAAGGAGAACACAAUUGCUGUUCUCGACACCGGCUCAGGCAAAACUCUCAUUGCGGUGCUGCUCCUUCGAUGGACCAUCGACAAUGAGAUCGAGGGCCGGGCAGCAGGCAAGCCACCGCGGAUCUCUUUCUUCCUUGUUGCCUCUGUCAACCUUGUCUAUCAACAGUACUCUGUGUUGGACGUCAACCUCGAUCACAAAAUCGCCCGUCUGAGUGGAGCUGACAACAAAAGUAGCAACAACAAGCAAGAAUGGCAAACACUGUGUUCAGAAAACAAGGUCAUUGUUUGUACGGCUGAAAUCCUCUUCCAAAACCUCUCCCGUGGCUACAUCAGCAUGAAGCAGAUCAACUUACUCGUCUUCGAUGAGGCACACCACACAAAGAAGAACCACUCAUACGCCAGAAUCGUCAAGGACUUCUAUAUUGCUGACUCAGACCACGCUUCAAGGCCGCGCAUAUUUGGCAUGACAGCAAGCCCUAUCGAUGCCAAGAGCGAUGUGGUGCAGGCCGCGUCGGACCUUGAGAAUCUCCUCCAUUGUAACAUUGCCACAACCUCUGACAUGAGCUUAGCCGAGGCCAUCAAGAAACCGACUGAGAACGUUCGCACGUACAAAGCCCUUUCCCAAACGGGCUUCGAGACUGCGCUACUCCAAAAGUUGAAGGCACGCUACGGUGACUUGGAGAUAUUGGCCACCAUAUUCGCCAGUGCGAUCGACAUUGCGCGCCAUCUCGGCCGUUGGUGUGCUGACCGUCAUCUGCAGAUCUCCCUGUCUCCGGAGAAGCUCAAGAAGCUGGAGCGCAAAGUCGAAAACAGCUUCUAUGAUCGCACGCUGCUACAAGACCCCGAGGAGCGCCAAAAAGCCCUGGACAGCUUACUCCAAAAACUCAAUGAGGCUGCCCAGUUCACCCAGAAGGAGGGCGCUGUUGCCACUGCAAAGGUUGACCUGGAUUCUGACCUCAGCACCAAGGUCCACAGUCUUUUCUCUUACUUGGCCUGCCAAUUCGAGCGCGAGGCCGAUCAACGCUGCAUCGUCUUUGUCAGUGAGAGGGUUACAGCCCGAUUACUACACGAUUUGGCUGAACGGCGGCAAACGCAAUUCAUGCAUAGCGGAUAUCUCGUCGGUCAAGGCGGGAUGAACAUCUUUGAAGAUAACUUCUCGAUUCGCCAGCAGGUUAUUACUCUGCUCAAAUUCAGGAAGGGCAUCAUCAAUUGCCUGUUCGCAACUUCAGUUGCAGAAGAGGGCCUCGAUGUUCCAGACUGUAACCUUGUUAUUCGUUUCGAUCUGUAUUCGAYGAUGAUACAGUAUGUGCAGUCGCGCGGCCGGGCUCGAAAGUCCAAUUCAACCUUCAUUCACAUGUUGGAAAGCGGCAACACAGUUCAGGAGGGCCUGAUCAAGGAAGCGAGAUAUGCGGAGAGAGCCAUGAAACACUUCUGCGACUCUCUUCCCGAGAAUCGAAAACUGCAGGGCAACCAAGACGCUCUGGAGGUGUUGAUGGAGAAGGAGAAGAACAUCCGCACUUACACGGAGAAGUCAACAGGAGCCAAGCUAACAUAUGGCAAUGCCAUGAACACACUGGCGACUUUUGUCUCAGCAAUCCCAACCGCUAGCGAUGAGCCCAUGCACCCGACCUAUGUUGUAAUCGGAUCUGGUCAGAAGUUUGUUGCUGAAGUCAUCCUUCCCGGCGAUGCCCCAAUUCGCUCCGCACAAGGCCGCCCAGAAUCGAAGAAGAGGCUUGCCAAGAGCUCUGCGGCUUUUGACGCUUGUAUUGAAUUGCGGAAGAAGCAGUAUCUGGACGGCAACUUCAAUCCAGUCUAUCAAAAAAAGCUUCCUGCAAUGCGGAACGCCCUUCUUGCUGCAGGCAUGCACAAGAGCACGGGAUACGACAUGCAGGUCAAGCCGAAGAUCUGGGCGGAGCAGAGAGGAACACUGCCACUUGAGCUCUGGAUCACACUCGUUGAUUUCCCACAGGGCCUUGGACGACCUCACCAGAGCUUCGCGUUCAUGACAAGGAAGGCAAUGCCCCAGCUGCCGUCGUUUCCUGUCUUUCUUGAGAAUGGCAAUAGUACUCCCGUGCUAUCUGCUACGCUCAACACACCUUUGACGCUGACGGAUGCACUGCUUAAGCAGAUCACCACCUUCACAAUGACGAUGUUUCGCGAUGUAUUCGGCAAGACGUACGAAGAGGAUGCUAGUAACCUUUCGUACUGGAUAGCUCCAGCGACCGUAUCUCUCGAUGCGAGCAACGAGCGGUCUCACUAUGCCUCGGGUCCCCAGCAAGCCAUCGACUGGGACCUACUCGAGACGGUUUUCACCGAGGGUGAGAGGCAUUGGACACCCGACAUGCAAGAAUCAUAUCUAGUGAACCGAUUUGUGACCGAUCCGUGGGCUCCUCGCAGAUUUUACACCAAACGCAUCGACCACUCGCGCAACAUGUCGGAUCCUGUGCCCCUUGAGGUCACGCCGCCUAAUAGAAAAUGGACAGGCUCUAUUAUUGAGUACAGCUUCAUGGCUUGGAGAAAGACGAAACUCAGCAAAGUGUUCACCGAAGGACAACCAGUCAUUGAGGCUGAGAUCGCUUCUCUACGCCGCAACAUGCUCGCCGCUCCUGAGCAGAACGAAGUUAGUGGGGGCACCAAAGCAUACAUCUGCCUCGAGCCAUUGAGGAUCUCGGCCCUGACGCCUGCAAUCGCUGCAUCGUUGUUCUACUGGCCGGCGAUCAUUCAUCGACUGGAGUCAUAUCUCAUUAGUAUCGAGGGUUGUACUUCGGUCGGUGUCGCCUGCGCGCCAGAYUACGCGCUCGCAGCGUUCACAAAGGACUCCGAUAACCAGGGCGAGCAUGGGAGCCAGGAGCGUGUCAAUUUCCAACGCGGCAUGGGCGAUAAUUAUGAGCGCCUUGAGUUCAUCGGCGACACCUUCCUCAAGACUGCCACGACCAUUUCCACGUUCAUUAUGAACCCUGAUGAGAACGAGUUUGAGUUCCACGUCCGACGCAUGCAGAUGCUCUGCAACAAGAACCUCUAUAAGAAUGCGUUGGAGUUUAAACUCUACGAGUACAUUCGCAGCCUGGCCUUCAGCAGACGCACAUGGUACCCGGAAGGCAUGAAGCUCUUGAAGGGUACUGGCGUUGUCUAUGGCCAAGAGAAGGUCWUGUUUCACGCUGACACGAAACACGUCCUUGGACAAAAGACGAUUGCUGAWGUCUGCGAGGCUCUCAUUGGAGCCGCCUUCCUCACCCAUGACAGACCAGAUGAGCCAUGGCAGCCGAAUCACUGGGAGGCCGCAAUCCAGGCAGUCACCAAAUUCGUGGCGAGUCCGGAUCACGUAAUGCUCAAGAUGGACGAUUACAGGAAGACUUAUGAAAAGCCGGCCUACCAGAUUGGUCAAGUCACGGCAGUGCAACUUGAUCUUGCCGAGAGGGUCCAGUGUGAGCACGAUUACGCGUUCAAGUACCCACGCUUGCUCUUCUCCGCCUUUUCCCACCCCUCCAAUGCAUACAUGCAGCAGCAGGUUCCCAACUAUCAACGACUGGAGUUUUUAGGCGACGCGCUCCUGGACCAGGCGAGCAUUGCUUACCUCUUCUAUAAGUAUCCCGACGCCGAUCCGCAAUGGCUCACAGAGCACAAGAUGGCAAUGGUUUCCAACAAAUUCCUCGGCGCGUUGUGCGUCAACCUCGGGUUCUAUAAGCACCUCCGCCACCAGCACGCCAAGCUCGGUAAGCAAAUCAAGGACUACGUCGAAGACCUGCUCGAAGCCAAAGCCACGUCCGGGGGCAGCAGAGACUACUGGACUACGGUCCCCGAUCCUCCAAAGUGCCUACCUGACAUUGUGGAGGCCUUCAUCGGGGCGAUGUUCAUCGACUCGGACUUCGACUACGGCCAAGUCCAGCGUUUCUUCCAGCAGCACGUACGCUGGUUCUUCGAAGAUAUGAGCAUCUACGACACAUUCGCCAAUAAUCACCCGUGCACGCACUUGCAUCAGCGUCUGCAGACUGGUUUCGGGUGCAUGGACUACAGACUCAUGGCAAAGGAGUUGCCAGGUGUAGACGGAUUGGAGAAUAGGGAUGUCGUGGCAGUUGUGAUGAUUCACGAUAGAAUUGUCGCUAGCGCGGGUGGAAAGGGCGGCAGGUAUUCGAAGUUGAGAGUGGCUAAGAGGGCUCUGGAGAUGCUGGAUGGGUUGGCGCCAUUCGAGUUCCGGAGCAAGUUCUCGUGUGACUGUAGGAUGGAUGCUGAGGGAGAGGACGCAACCGGUGCCAGCAAGGUGAAUGCUGAUGGCGGUGAGUGGUGA